AAAAUUCACCAGACCAUGAUCUCUUAUGGGGAGUUAUCAGAUCCUAUAUAUAUAAUAAUAUAGGUCUGUACUUUAGUCAGAUAAUAUAGGUCUGUACUUUAGUCAGAUUGAAAGCAGACGGGAUUAAAUAUGGCCUAUUUAAGAAUUCAUGUUAGCUUUGAUAUGCUCAAAGUUAAUGAAAAUAACCAAUGACGUAAAUGUCCCUUUUCAUUGAAAUGUGCGUUUCAGUUUAUACACUUAGUAAGAGUGGACUCGUCGUUUAAUUUAAGCCUUAGUGCGAUCGACCUAGAUCUCACUUUGACCGAACCAGUGGACAGUGUUCCUUAUACAAAAUGAACCAGGUACAGGGUAGCUGGAUUUUAACUCUAAUUUCAUGCUUGCUGAUAGAAAAUACUCAAUGUAUUGCAGAGAAAGAGUACGCAAAACAAUUCAUCCCGACAGAGAGUUCUUAUUUUAAUGAGGAUCGUUGUCAGGGUGAUGAGGCUAUAACAAAUCUACUGAAUGAUGUUAGGAAGCUUAUGCGAGAAAACCAUGUUGACGCCUACAUAAUAUGUAACGAAAAUGAAAAUAUGGGUUCCUUAACUCCCCAUGACAGACGACUAAAGGCUAUUUCUAGCUUCUCUGAGAAAAUAGGUACCGCAGUGGUGACGCUGGACAAGGCAGCGUUAUGGACAGACGGCCGGACAUUCCAGAAAGCCAUUGAUAAUGUAGACUGUGGGUGGACAGUUUACAGAAAAGGAGGAAAAUAUACAACUUCUGUAGUUGACUGGAUACAUGACAACACGGGAGACGUCAUUUCCGUUGGGGCAUGUCCAUAUCUGAUGAACUCAGUUUGGUGGAACAACUUCCAAGACGUCUUUGAAGAAAAGGGCACAAAUUUUGUUCCUCUCUAUACAGACCUUAUCGAUUUAGUUUGGACAGAAGACCGGCCGUCUCUGCCAUCUUCACCUAUUCACAUUUUACCACUUCAACUUGCAGGCGAAUCCUGGCAAACAAAAAUAAAACGGGCAUUGCAUGAAAUGGAAGACAAGGAUGUCGAUGUUCUGGUUUUGACUAAUCUGGAUGAAAUUGCCUGGCUUUUUAACCUUAGGGCAAGGGAUUUUGUCUUUGAUCCCUAUUUCAUAUCGUUUUGUGUGAUAGGUGCUAAAACAGGUGAUAUAAGUCUUUAUAUCGUGAAUGCUGAGACUAAGCUAACAGAGGGAAUUGAUUUCGGAGACCUUAGACUCCACGAAUUUCUAAACACGUCUUCCACCGGCCAUUGUGAUCAUCUGAAAUGUUCUGUGAAUACGCAGAUGUAUACAGAUGAUGAUGCAGUAACUUGUGAGAAAGAAAGUGAAGACUUAAAGGAUAUUGAUGACAUGACUUAUUGUGUAGAAGUCAAAGAAUACAGUCCGAUUACGUUUAAAAAGGAUGUUGGAAGAUUAUCACGUGAUCAGCGUGUUCGAAAAGUUUCGGUCUCAUGGAGUUGCAGUCAAUCUUUUGUUGAGGAAAUUCCUCAGGAAAAGCUAAUAAUUGAGCAUUCACCCCCUUUGACCUUAAAGGCAGGGAAAAAUAGAGCGGAGACUGAGGGGAUGAAAAACUCUACGUUACGAGAAUCUGUUUUUCUGACAACGUACUUUGCCGAAUUAGAGGAGAGGAUGAGAAACGGUGCAGUUCUGAACGUUCAAGAAAUUGAGGCUGAGACGAAGGAAUUAAGAAAGAAGGUACCGCUCAAUAAAGGUCCCAGCGGAACGUCUCUGAUUGGGUUUGGUUCAACAGCUCUACCUAUGGUACCCGAAAUUACCAAUGACAUCAUAACACAUAAUGGUGUUUUCCUGUUUGAUAUGGGUGCACAAUAUUUGGAUGGCACGACAGAUAUAGCUCGUUCUUUUGUGUAUGGGACACCCAGCGAGAGACAAAAGGAUAUUUACACACGCUUGUUGAUGACACAUAUCAACUUAGCAAGAAAGACAUUUGCAGUGGGAAGUACAGGUCGCGAUUUAGAUACACCCGAUGUACGAGAACCUCUGCGUCAAAUAAAUGUAGAUUUUCCACAUGAAAUAGGACACAUGGUAGCGGCUUAUGGAGCUAUUGUAGAAGGACCAGCGUCGAUCUCCAACAUCUCUGCGGACUGGCAAAGUGAUGUACCCUUGGAUAAACACAUUUUUGAUUGCAAAAACUGCAAGAAACAACAAAAUUUAAUAUCAACCCCUGAUUGGCGUGACUACAUUUUAGAAGAAGGCAUGGUUUUCUCAAAUGAGCCAAGUUUUUACGGGAAAGGAGAAUUUGGCAUGCGAGUUGAGAACACAAUGCUUAUCGUUAGAGGAAAUUGUAACAAACCCUGUUAUAGAUUUGAACAGCUGGUGUUUGUGCCGUAUGAAUCUAAUCUUAUUAAACCAGAGUUAUUAACGGCUGAUCAGAUAUCUUGGUUAAAAGACUACUAUAAAAUGGUGGAUAAAUUGGUUACUCCUCAACUGGAAGCAAAGAACAUCUCAAAAGCCGUAAAAUGGCUAAAAGACAGAAUACAUGUGGAUUUUCUGACGUGAUAAUGUGGAGUCUGUUUAGUUAAUCGCUAUUGUAUCAUAAUUCUAUAUUGAUAUAUUUAACCACUUUUGUAUCAUAAUUCUAUAUUGAUAUAUAUUUAACCACUAUUGUAUCAUAAUUCUAUAUUGAUAUAUUUAACCACUUUUGCAUCAUAAUUCUAUAUUGAUAUAUAUUUAACCACUAUUGUAUUCAUAGUUCUAUAUUGAUAUAUUUAACCACUAUUGUAUCAUAAUUUUACAUUUCAUUUAUACAAUGUCAUGUGAAAUUAUUUAUUCAGAAAAGUAAAUUUUGUAGAAGGUAAU